UCUCAAUUAUCGACGUCGACUCGACUGGAAGAAGGGAAGCUCUCCACCAUGCUGACCGGCGAUGGCUUUUGAUCCGUUUGGCUUCUCUGGAGCGACAAGACCAUCUCGGCGAACAGGAAACCUGGAGAAGACACUGUAAGAGAUGGAGGAAGUUUCUCUUAACAGUGAACCUGUAUUUGAGAUGGAAGAUGAAGGUGGUGAAUCUGAGAUGGAAGGAGAUUGUACUAUAAUGGAGUCAGAUGGCCAAAAUGGUGAAAUCCAUGGAAGCAAGGAACCUGUGCCACCUGCUGUUGGGAUGGAAUUUGAAUCUUAUGAUGAGGCUUAUAAAUUUUACAAUUGCUAUGCUAAGGAGCUGGGAUUUGGUGUCAGAGUAAAAAAUUCAUGGUUUAAGAAAAGAGGGAAAGAGAAGUACAUUGUAGUGCUUUGUUGCAGUAGAGAAGGUUUUAAGAGGGAAAGAGGAGCAAAGCGUUCAAGACCAGAAACAAGAACUGGUUGUCCAGCAAUGAUAAGAAUUAAGUUGAUGGACUCUACAGUGUGGAGAGUGAUUGAAGUUAGGCUUGAUCACAACCAUUCAAAUAGUCCAGCAAGUGCACGCUUCUAUAAAUCACAUAGGGCUAAAAGAAAUUCACAGUUAUAUUGUGAUUCUGGAAUUGCUCUCGAUGGAAGGGAAUAUGAGAACUUGGUUGUUGAUGGAAGAUAUCUCAAGAAUUAUGCCGAUCAGUGCAAUCGGUUGAAGCUUAAAGAAGGAGAUGCACAGGCCAUUUAUAAUUACUUUUCCCACAUGCAGUUGACAAACCCAAGCUUCUUUUAUUUGAUAGAUGUCAGUGAUGAAGGAUGUCUAAGAAAUGUGUUUUGGGCUGAUGCAAGGUCUAGGGCUGCAUAUGUCUACUUUGGAGAUGUAGUUGCAUUUGACACUAUGUACUUGACAAAAAAGUAUGAUAUCCCUUUUGUGUCAUUUCUUGGAGUGAACCACCAUGGGCAAACUGUCCUGUUGGGUUGUGGUUUGCUUGCAAAUGAUGAAGUUGAGUCUUUCAUUUGGUUGUUCAAGGCAUGGCUUACAUGCAUGUCAGAACGGUCUCCAUAUGCCUUGAUUACCGACCAACCUAGGAAUGUGCAAAAAGCAGUUGCUGAAGUAUUCCCAAGGACCAACCAUCGUCUUUGUUUGUGGAACAUUAUGCAAAAAGUUCCAGUGAAAUUGGGUGGUUUGCCUGAAUAUGAAGCAAUUAAAAGUGCAUUUAAUAAAGCAAUUUAUAAAUCCUUGACAGUGGAUGAAUUUGAAACAGCUUGGGAGGAUAUGAUCCAGCGCUAUGGAGUUGGGGAUCAUGAAUGGCUCCAAGCAUUGUAUGAAGAUAGACAACGAUGGGUUCCAACUUUCUUAAAAGACAAUUUUUUUGCAGGAAUGUCCACCAUCCAACCAAGUGAAAGCAUUAAUUCAUUUUUUGAAGGAUAUAUCCACAAGGAUACUUCUUUGAAGGAAUUUCUUGGUAAGUACGAAUUGGCCUUACAGAAGAACCAUCAGAAAGAAGCCAAGGCAGAUUAUGAGUCCAGAAACUCAAGUCCCAUGUUGAAAACAAGAUGUUAUUUCGAGUUGCAGCUCUCCAAAGUGUACACAAAAGAAAUCUUUAAGAAGUUCCAAUGUGAAGUAGAACAUGUAUAUUCAUGUUUCAACAUAACACAAGUACAUGUUGAUAGGCCUAUCAUUACAUACAUAGUCAAAGAGCGUUCUGAGGGUGAACAGAACAGCUGGGAAAUCAGGGAUUUUGAAGUCUUAUAUAAUGCAGCUGAAAUGGAUGUUCAUUGCAUCUGUGGUUGGUUUAACUUUAAAGGUUACCUAUGUAGACAUGCAUUAAGUGUCUUGAACUACAAUGGUGUGGAGGAAAUCCCACCGCAAUUCAUUCUGUCAAGAUGGAGGAAGGACUUUAAGUGCAUAUAUGUUCCAUAUCAUGAUUCUGACAACAUUGAUGUUAAUAAUCCAGUACAACGUUAUGAUCAAUUAUACAAACAUGCCCUUCAAAUUGUUGAGGAAGGGGUGAUAUCUCAAGAACGAUACAAGGUCGCUUUACAAGUUCUAGAGGAGUCAUUGAACAAGGUUCGUCUCAUAGAAGACCAUGUAUGACUCAAAUUAUUAAGGUACAAUAUCCAUUUUAUACCUAUACUAUUUUUACUUUGUUUCAUUUUUAACAUGACACUAUGAGACCCAUCUCUCUUUCUCUCUCAACACACGUGUGUGUUCAUGUGUUUUUUUUGGGUCUUUGGCUUUCUUUUUCUGAUCUUUAUUUUUUUGGAGGUGGGGUUACUAGUUUUGGAGGGUGAGACUUAGUGCAAUGGUUGGGUUGCUCCAUUGUGACCUAGGUGACCAGGGUUCAAAUCUUGGAAACAGCCUCUCUGUAUCUGCAAGUGGAAGGCGGCAUAAUCUGUCCUCCCCAUACCUCACAUUUGGCAGGAGCCUCGUGCACUGGGGUUGCUAGCUUUGGAGUAAUAGAACAGGCUAGGUGCAGGGUGAGCUUCAACCUGCCUAUUUAAAGGCAAUUAAAUAGUCUAAAUGGUACAUUUUAACCUGUAUCUGCUCUAACCCAACCCACCCAAACUGUUAUACCCAUUUAAUCUUUCUAGGAUGUUAUAUUGAAUCUUUUGGGUCAUCAUAGGAUUUUUUUUUGUGGGGUAAUUGAGGGAAGGGAUCACCUAAACAAUCUGCAGGGAGACUCUACCCUACAUAUCACAAGAUAAAAUGUAGUUUAGCAUCUGAGAACUGAUACAACCAUGCAGAUUCUGUCCAUAAUUUGCUUUAACCAAUCUGCAGCUUGGUUCCCCUUCUCUUCAAAUGUGGCAGUAAUGAGGCUCCAGUCAUCACUCUUUUGCAUUUUGAUUACAAUCUUCUAGCAGGUUCUUGCAUCUUCAUAGUAGCACUCUCUCAUUUGGUAGACACUCUGGUGGUUAGGCUUAAAUCUCCAUCAAUCCAGAUUUCCAACAAGAUGAGUUGAGCUGAUAAUAUGUGGCCCAUAUUGGGAUCCAAUUGAGCACUGUAUUAGCUGUUCUUGGGUCAUAGUGAAUUAGUUGAAAUGACCAGCAUAUUAACAUCCCAUCCUAGAUAGAAUUAGCAAACAUAUAAAGAAUUAGGCUGGUUUAAUAUGCUGUUUCUUUCCAUCACAAUUGUCAUUUGAUGCUUCUCCACAUAGGCAUUUGACGACUCAUUUUAGCGGGUAAGGAUAUUACCUCAAACUUAAACCUCACCAUGUAUGUGAAGGGAGAUCAAAAUGAAGCCAUCCGUGUUUCUUGCUCGGCAUGCUCUUGAUCCACCUGACACCGCCUUGAAAGGGGUUGAAGAGUCAAGUUUGUCAGCAAUUAAUAGAGAUUGAAAUCAGAAUGUAUUUACAGUUUUAACUUGUGAAUUCUAAAAGGAUCUGGGACCUGCCCCAAGGAGCUUGUUGUGUUGUAUUGUAUUGCUGUUACUGUUGAUAAAAUUCUUACCUUCUUCAAAGAGAAAAGGGAUUAAAUGAGUGAAAUUGUAUAAAGUUUGUUGUCUCAA